AUGGCAGAUCUUGUGACCUACAGUAAUGCUGACCACAACGUUGAACAGGCAUUGAUUACAUUGAAGAAGGGCACACAACUUUUGAAAUAUGGUCGCAAAGGGAAGCCGAAGUUUUAUCCUUUUAGACUGUCUAGUGAUGAAAAAUCUUUGAUCUGGAUAUCGAGUAGUGGUGAAAAGCGACUGAAACUAGCAUCUGUAUCUAAAAUCAUACCUGGGCAAAGAACUGCUGUGUUCCAGCGUUAUCUUCGUCCAGAGAAAGACUACUUAUCUUUUUCUCUCUUGUACAACGGCAAAAAGAAGUCUCUUGACUUGAUUUGUAAGGACAAGGUUGAGGCAGAGAUUUGGAUUGGAGGACUUAAAACAUUGAUAUCGUCUGGCCAAGGCGGCCGCUCUAAAAUCGAUGGCUGGAGUGGCGGAAACCUCUCUGUUGAUGCUAGCAGAGACUUGACAUCAAGCAGUCCAAGCAGCAGUUCUGCGAGCGCUUCACGGGGUCACAGCUCUCCAGGGACUCCUUUUAAUAUCGAUCCAGUUGCUUCUCCUACUAAGAGUGUUGAGCCUGAGGUGGUUCCAUUAACUGAUUCAGAGAAGCCACAUGUUGUUGUUGUUGCAUUGGACACCAAAAACAUGCAAACAAAGGUACCUGGCUCAGAUGGUUUUCGUGUCAGUGUCUCUAGUGCACAGAGUAGUUCUAGUCAUGGCUCUGGAGCAGAUGACUCUGAUGCUCUAGGCGACGUUUACAUUUGGGGUGAGGUGAUAUGUGACAAUGUGGUCAAAGUCGGGAUUGAUAAGAGUGCGAGUUAUCUAACCACGAGAACGGACGUCCUUGUGCCGAAGCCGUUGGAGUCGAAUAUUGUCCUUGAUGUUCAUCAGAUCGCAUGUGGUGUUAGGCAUGCUGCGUUUGUGACACGUCAAGGUGAGAUUUUCACUUGGGGUGAAGAAUCUGGAGGAAGGCUUGGUCAUGGUAUUGGGAAAGAUGUUUUCCAUCCUCGUCUCGUUGAGUCUCUCACAGCUAUUGACUUUGUUGCUUGUGGAGAGUUUCACACUUGUGCUGUUACUCUCUCUGGAGAGCUCUUUACUUGGGGUGAUGGUACACAUAAUGUUGGUCUCUUAGGUCAUGGCUCUGGUAUUAGUCACUGGAUACCAAAGAGAAUCGGUGGUCCUCUCGAAGGGCUUCAUGUGGGUUCAGUAACUUGUGGACCUUGGCAUACGGCUUUGGUAACAUCUCAUGGGAGGCUUUUCACAUUUGGAGAUGGAACGUUUGGUGUGUUAGGUCACGGUGACAGGGAAACAGUUCAGUAUCCGAGAGAGGUUGAGUCUUUGUCAGGGUUGAGAACGAUUGCGGUUUCUUGCGGCGUUUGGCACACUUCUGCUGUUGUGGAGAUCAUUGUCACGCAGUCAAACUCAAGCUCUGUGUCGUCUGGGAAGCUGUUCACGUGGGGUGAUGGUGACAAGAACCGUCUUGGACACGGUGACAAAGACCCUCGGCUUAAACCAACGUGUGUCCCUGCGUUAAUCGAUUACAACUUCCACAAGAUUGCUUGUGGACAUAGCUUGACAGUCGGUUUAACCACGUCUGGACAAGUGUUCACGAUGGGGAGUACAGUGUAUGGGCAGCUUGGGAAUCUACAGACUGAUGGGAAGUUACCUUGUUUGGUAGAGGACAAGCUCGCUAGUGAGUUCGUCGAAGAGAUCUCUUGCGGAGCAUAUCAUGUAGCGGCUUUGACAUCAAGAAACGAAGUCUACACAUGGGGGAAAGGAGCUAAUGGGAGACUAGGCCAUGGUGAUUUGGAAGAUAGAAAAGUACCAACUCUUGUGGAAGCUUUGAAAGACAGACACGUCAAGUACAUAGCUUGCGGAUCGAACUACACUGCAGCGAUCUGUCUUCACAAAUGGGUCUCUGGUGCUGAGCAGUCUCAGUGCUCAACCUGUAGGCUUGCUUUUGGUUUCACAAGGAAAAGGCAUAACUGCUACAACUGUGGACUUGUUCACUGCCAUUCAUGCAGCUCCAAGAAAGCAUUCCGAGCUGCUUUAGCACCGAGCGCAGGGAGGCUCUACCGUGUCUGCGAUUCUUGCUACGUCAAGCUAAGCAAAGUGUCAGAGAUAAGCGAUACCAACAGAAGGAACAGCGUUGUGCCUCGUCUCUCAGGAGAGAACAAAGACAGAUUAGAUAAGUCUGAGAUAAGGUUGGCUAAGUUUGGUGCGUCCAAUAUGGACUUGAUCAAGCAACUUGAUAGCAAAGCUGCAAGACAAGGAAAGAAAACAGACGGUUACACACUCGGCCGCAACUCUCAGCUGCCUUCUUUGUUGCAGCUGAAAGAUGCUGUGCAGAGUAAGCAGUCUAAUAUAGGCGACAUUCGAAGGUCUACUCCAAAGCUAGCUCCAGCUCCAUCAGGGAUUAGCUCACGCUCUGUGUCGCCUUUCUCUAGGAGAUCAAGCCCUCCCCGCUCUGCCACUCCUAUGCCUUCAACUUCCGGGAUCUAUUUCCCUGUUGGUAUAGCUGAUAACAUGAAGAAAACCAACGAGAUCUUGAAUCAGGAGAUCGUUAAGUUACGAGCACAGGUUGAGAGUCUGACUCAGAAGUGUGAGCUACAAGAAGUGGAGCUUCAGAAAUCGGUUAAGAAGACGCAGGAAGCAUUGACAUUGGCAGAGGAGGAGUCUGCCAAGUCGAGAGCCGCCAAAGAGGCUAUAAAGUCACUCGUAGCGCAGCUCAAGGAUGUAGCAGAGAAGUUGCCACCUGGUGAGAGUCUAAAACUGGCGGGACUAGACCAGAACGGUUUCCAUUUCCCUGAAGAGAACGGUUUCCAUAAUUCAAGAUCGGAGUCGAUGACUUCCUCAGUGUCUUCAGCUGCUCCUUUCGACUUUGCCUUUGCAAACGCGUCUUGGUCUAAUCUCCAGUCGCCGAAGCAGACGCCUAGAGCGAGCGAGAGGAGCAACAACGCGUAUGCAGCGGAUCCAAGGCUUAGCAGCAGCGGUUCAGUGAUCAGUGAGAGACACGAGCCGUUCCAGUUCCAGAACAACAGUGAGAAUGGUUCGAGCCGUGGAGAAGGAGGAGUUGUUAGUCAGGUAGAAGCGGAGUGGAUCGAACAGUAUGAGCCAGGCGUGUAUAUUACACUUGUCGCUCUCCACGAUGGAACUAGAGAUCUAAGAAGAGUCCGCUUCAGCCGAAGAAGAUUUGGAGAACAUCAAGCAGAGACAUGGUGGUCGGAGAAUCGGGAGAAAGUGUAUGAGAAAUAUAAUGUGAGAGUUUCGGAAAGAUCAACAGCUUCUCAAACGCAUAGAGACAGAGACGAUGAACAAGAGGUUCCUCAGUAG